ACAUGACGAUGUCCCGCCAGAACUCGGUCGAGGACGAUGGUACCAUGGAACCGGCUGGUCCGGAGUCGGAGGAUCACCCGGAGGAACCGACCACACCGGUCGAUAUCAUUUGCAUCGAGCACAAGCCGGAAAGUCACUACAGCUACAUUCGACCGGCCGGCCUGAUGAGGACACCGUCGUCCUUCAAGUGUCCGGUCGAGACCCUGCGCCCCUCGUCGCAAACCAGUGCGACGCUGGAGGGCGAUGCCGAGCAAGCGAUAGCUGGGACUGGUCCCUUGGCGGCGGGCGGGGUAGACGGCCAGCUACCCGAGCGGGACAAGCUAAGCUCGGAAUCGUCCGCCACCGAUACGACGUCCGGGAGUACCGGGACGAUAAAGAAACUGUAAAUAGCGAGAGCUCAACGUGUGGACGACGAGGAUGGGGGAAGAGGGCCUCGGGGAUUGUCAACGGAAUUCGAGGCACGAGCCAUCGGACAUUCAUCACGAGUUUGCGAGUAUUUAUUCAUUUGAAUCACACAGACACAAACACACACAGACACACACAAACAUUCACAAUCACUCUGCCAUGUUCUCUAGUAGCAUUAUGCUGAUGCUGCUGCUGAUAUGCACAUUCUCCCGAAACCUUCCGUCCUUCCGUACACAAGCGACACCCACAGACAUCCGACCGCAACAGAAGCUGCAGCAGAGCAGAAGCAAACAUGCGCUGCCCUGGUCCGGGGGCGUGUUUGUGCGAACGUUCGGAAGUAGCUGAUGAGGAAGAUUCCAUUUAUUGAUUACAUUAAUCCAGAAAACUAACUUCUCCACGUUCUCCGGACGGUGCGGCGUCCGCUCCGGCGGUGUCCGGCUCGGAGUCGUCUAUUUAUUUAUACUUAUAUUUUGUACAAAUAAAGUAACAACGGCACGGCACGCAUUAUAGCAGCUAAGCAAAAGGCGCAAGUUUCUAUACGGACGCUGGUGGGCGACUAGCGUUAAGGUUCAAAUAAACAGUCUCUCUAUCUCUUUGAUAUGAUUCUCUCUCUGUGGGUGUGUUUUUAUCUCCGAGGCGAAUCAUCAAAUAGCGAUCUCCGGGUGGGAUUGAGGGUUCAAAAUCGGUUAAAUAUUGCGCUGCAUAUGAUGAAUGAUUCAUGAGUUGUUCAUGUGCUCUUUUUAGUAGAAACGUGUUUUUUUUCUUCAGGAAGGGAUCGUUAGUCACCUUCAUGAUGAAGAAGAAUCUGAUCUACUAUUAUUUUUUUUCCCUUCGUAUAACGAUGCGCCUCUUUUGUAGGAUCAACAAACGCCGGAACUGUU